AUGGCUGGAGAACAGCAGCGGAUGGUUCUCGGCCCGGCGGAAAAUUUCUUGUAAGUAGCUUCUAAGUUACUUGUACUUUUCCCGCCUAAGAGCUUGCUUCACUAGUUAUAUCCCCUUGGGGGUGUAGGGAAGUCCAGUUGUGAGUCCAUUUGGUGAUCGUAGUAGGUCGCUCACUUGCUCGCAGGUGUAAACUACGCCCAGCGUCCAUUUACUGGCAGCCAACUCUCAUUUGUGGCCCCCCAGAGCUAGGCCCUGUCUAGCGACCACACCCCAGUAACCGCCUCUACCGGCGGACUAAACCACGUGAAGGUAUCCGUGUGUGCAACUUCGCACACGGUAACCCGGCUCCGCUCCGCUCCCACCAUCGCUGGCCGGAUGAAUCUCCGCCACUGCAUCUCCGAGACGAGGCUCUGUCUGCAACACCGUAGAAGGCCGCCAGCACCCAGCAAGCCCCUGACUUAGGGAGGUCGGCCCCUUACCUCUCCCUCUCACCUAUUCUCCGCCCUUCCCCUCUGCCCCUAUCACUCUCUACUCUACUCUCUUACCCCACGGUCGAAUGCCCCACGGAUCACCGCAUAAUCACCUCCAAGGUGAAACAUCGUCCGAAACUCCACUGGAGUCCACGAGAUAAAUGACCCUCGCAUAAGCCGAAUAUUGCUCUGUUGUCUUUGCUUUUUGCUUGUUCUUGCUUGCUUGCCUUUGUCUGCUUGAUUAUGUUUGUAAUUGUUGUAAGCUAAAUACCGUUCUGUUGAGUUUUUCUGCUCACCGUGCCUAGUUCAGCAACCGGUUAGCUUUGAGAGGGGCGGGAAACUCUGCUUCGCGCCUCUCUACCCCUCCACCAUCUCUCCGCCUGCCCCCUUCAAAAAGUCCUGCGGCGAGAGCGACAGCGAUCGCGUAGGCGGCCCAGGCUAUCUCGGCUCGUUCUCCCAUUAUAAAAAGUCCAUAGUGGAGUCCGGCAGCCGUCUGGGAGGCCUGAACGGCCCUAUCUAGGAGCAGUACUGAUCACCCCCAUGAGGGAGAAGGGGCUAGAAAAGGCGCCCUAAACAAGUGCUGGGGUCACGUCCUCUGCGCGCUGACUGUGGCUCGGAGGACGACGCUAGGGGCUCGGGAACUGGUGCGCUACAAGGUGGACAUCGCUGCACUCAGUAAGACCCCCUUCUCCGAACAAGGCCAAUCGGAGAAGGUGGAUGCUGGCUACAUCUUCUUCUGGAGCGGUCGUCCCACAGCAGAGCGACGGGACGCGGGCGUCGCCUUUGCCAUUCGAAACGAAAUUUUGGGAAAACCGUUUUGUUUGCCGCAGGACAUCAACGAUCGCCUAAUGAGCCUCCAUCUGCCUCUCCGGGGAGGCAAAUUCGGCACCAUCAUCACCGCCUACGCUCCGCCGAUGACCAGCCCCGACGCCGCAAGAGACAAAUUCUACGAGAACUUGCACGCCCUCCUGGCGACCGCGUCAAAGGUGGAUAAAUUGAUUGUCCUUGGUGACUUCAACGCUUGCGUCCGCAUAGACCAUGCUUCCUGGAGAGGUGUGCUAGGUCCCAUGGUCUCGACGGCACCAUUGACAAUGGCCUACUCCUCUAACAACCCAGCGCAGAACAUCUGUGCCGAGGCACCAGACUAUCGUGCACUCACCUACUUGUUCAUCAUUCUUGAGCUUACUGUUUGUUUACCUGAAUGA